AACAUUAAACUGGCAAAUUUCCCCAAUUGUUGUUAAGAAAACUAGUGGCUGAGUUGGUAAAUAUGACAGAGUACAGUCGUCAGCGUGACUUCAUGUUCUGCGACAUGUGCGGGACGCUAAUGUCAUUCAGUGAUCCAAUGUUUGCCCGUUGCCCGCUCUGCAAAUUCCAGAAGCGCUUAAAAGAUAUGGCUGUUAAAGACAUUCGAUAUACUAUCAGUUCUGAGGAUCUGAGGAGGGAGCUGGGCGUGUCUGCUCUCGAUGACAUAGAAGAAGAAAGGGAACUAAAACAAAUGGAUCAUAAUGCAAAGUGCAAAGUAUGUCAACAUGUGGGCAUGGCUUAUGUUGCCAGACAGAUUAGAUCUGCUGAUGAAGGGCAGACAAUCUUUUAUACAUGCCCUAUAUGUGCGUACAGACAAACUGAGAACUCGUAGAUUACUCUUUGCAAAAUUGAGAAUAACAAGUCUCGGUUUUGCCUCACAUUGACACUCGAGAGUUGUUGUAUAAGAAAAGAAAACACACUCCGUCUCAAAAACUGCUCAAGAAAUGCCCUCCAUGAUUUACUUGGUCGUUUUCAUUAUAGGUUUGUGAAUCGGAGUUGCCUAGUAAUUAUGUCUGAUGUCUCAAUUUCAAGUAACUAAAUCAUUGUCGGCUUGUUUUUCUGUUGAAUCUUGGAAUUAGUUAUACAUAAAUUUUGGCUAAUUUUGCU